AAGAAUAUAAAGUCAACUAUACCUCGAGGAGGAUUUGCGUCGAUUUUAAGAAGCGUGGUAGGGCCACCAAAAUUAUCCAAGCAUUUACAUGAAGAAAGAGACUUCGUAUUUAUUUUGGCUCAAUGGCCAUUUGACAAUGAAAUGCCAGAACAUUUCUGGAUCUUACAAACGAUUUAUAAGAAGUUGACUAAUGUUAGCCAUAACUGUCAAAGAUACGGUAAUCAUUGGCAGGAUAUAGGGUUUCAAGGUAGCGACCCAUCCACCGAUCUAAGAGGUUGCGGAUUCUUAGGAUUAUUAACUACUCUCUACUUUGUUACCAAUCCUGAACUUGGCCGAUUGACAAAAGAUAUUUACCGCCUUUCGCAACAUGAAACCCAGAAUUUUCCCUUUUGUGCUAUGUCUAUAAACAUGUCCAGAGUAGCGAUGCAUGCACUAAGAGAAGAAAUGUUAACAAGAGAAUGCAACAGAAACGGAAAUGUUAUUAAUGUGUUCUGUGAAUUUUAUGCUGCUGUCUUCUAUUAUAUGUAUCAGUUAUGGAAAAAGCAGAAAAAGACUAUAGCUGAUGCAGGUUUCCUAAUUAAUGGUAAAUAUUGUUUAUAA